AUGCACCCUCGUAAUGAUCGCGGUGGAAGUGCUUAUCUGGGCCUCCAGCGGGAAGCUGUCGAGUGCCGGGAACCUCCGCGGCAAGCGGGCCUCGCAGUCAGGGUGCCGCUGACGGCGCAUGGCCCGUAUCCCGGAUGUCAAUCACCUGUCGCUGGGCAUAGUGUCAAGAUUGACAACAUCACUUGCACGCAAGACGAAGUGAUUUCGGUGAAGGAGGAGCUCAGGGAAAAAUUCUCAAAGUUUGGAGAGAUCGGGGAUGUGUAUAUACCGAGAGAUCGAAAUUUUGCGUUUGUUCGCUAUCUGGAGAAGCGCGAUGCUGAAGAUGCCGUUGAUGCAAUGGAUGGUAAGGACAUAAUGGGCCAGGAGAUCAGCGUGUCCCUUUCCAUGCAGGCCAAGAAAACGGCAGAGGAGUUGCCGGACAAGGGCCGAGGAGCAGGUCGUAGAUCACGCUCGCGGCGUCGCCGGGAUGACUCCCGGUCUGAGUCCUACACGCCGUGGCUUUCUCAGGAAUUUCGCAGGGAGAUUUCAGUUCCGGCCGUCGGGCUUGCUGGGCGUCACGCUCAGCUUCGCGAGAACGGCGUCGGCGUAGAAGGGGCAGGCGAGAUGAGUCGCGAAGCCGUCGCCGGCGCCGGCGUCGAUAGCAUCAAGAGGCUGCAAUGGCGCUGGCCUGCGUGUGCAUGCCCGAAAGCAAGCGGCAGACAGCCCUUGUGUGGCAACUUCCAACCAGCGAAGCUGUCACCACAAGCAAUCAUCUCCAGUAAUUUCAGUUUCCUCAUCCUAGUCUCCAGGCUGCAGGUGGAAUGGCGAUGUAUUGCCCCGAAAACAGAGUUACUGGAGCGAGAGAGCUCUGUGCGGUUUUGGAUCACUUAUGCCAUCGACCAGUUGCAAGAUUUCGUCUGCCAUAGGCUCUGCUCUUUUCGCCGCCAUGAGGGCGGCCCCCGCUUUUCGCCCAUGCGCUACGAGCUCCAUGAGCUGGAGAAGCUUCCAGAAGCACACGGAACAUUCAGCAUUGGCUGCUUGGAGAAUGGGGAGGUCAUCACUGGCUCGAAGAAAAGUGUGCAAGUGUGGUCAACACCAUCUGCGGGUUCGAUGUCACGUCUCGCCGAAGUCGAGGUCGAGGCUACAUGUCUGGUCGGGCUGGGGUCCCAGACGAUAGCGGCAGGCGAUGCUGCCGGGCGUGUGCGAGUGUGGCACUUGCGACGACGGGUGCUUAAGGAGGUCGUGUGUGUGCACCCUCACUCAGGUCCAGUGAGAGCUGUCAGCAGUGGUGGGGACAUUCUGCUGACGGCUUCUGAUGAUGGCACUGUGAAGCAACUGGACGUGCUGGCUGAUUUCGUGCCUUCGGACUUCUUCACAGUCGUUCAUCUCCCGAGAUCCACACGAGAGAACGAGCACCCCUUUCUGCCCGGGGAUGGCGUGCCAGCAUCUGCCAUACUGGCACGUGGCAAGAACGUGCUUGUGGGCUGCGUGGUGGCAUCCUCAGUCUUCCUUCAGAGGAUGGAGUGGCGGCGCACUCGGCAAAGUGAGAAGCUGCCUUUCCCCGCCUGGGGUGCACAGAAAUGGAGGUUUGGGUGCUAUCGCGCCGACUCCAAGUUCCGUGUUCCUGUUCGCGGCCUGGAUGCCGACCCGGAGGGCCCAGGUGCCCGAGUGCUGGCUGUCGGGGGCGGACGUUUUGGCAUCUGGCUUGAUCCAGCCCAAGGACGGCAAGCCAGUCCAGAUGACGAGGCUCAGCAGCCAGCAUUCACAGCAAAGUGUGGUCCAUCAGAAACAGCUGUGGUCUUGCUGCCAGGGCAGCCAAAGGAUCUGCUGCAAGUCACGCGUGCCGUGACUGGGGAGUUGAACUGCAACUGUGAAUGGACACCUGUUUCCUCCAAGUUCGCAGCCCGGAGCAUGGGGCAGCCUCUGGAAAACCUUGCGCAAAUGAGCCACAUUGUGUGA